ACGUACGUGGCUACAGACCCAAACAGACAGAGGACUCCGCCAGGAAUGCAUCAGCAAAAUGUACAGUGUACCGGUCAAUACGUCAAAGACACUCACCAACGUUUAAAUCUCUGAGUUUUGCACAUGAAGCUUGAGGUGAAGGGCUGAAGGCUAAGCGAAGGCUGCGUUUGAAUCACUUAUCUGACCUGUUAGUACAUUUUCACUGUGUCAGUCUGCAAGAGGCACUUGUUUCUUUAUAGGAAGACAGCAUGGCAGAUAUCGAGUCCUCAUUUGAAUUUAGCUCAUCUUUGACCAGCUCUUCGCUGCCUCCCCCACGGACUCGAAUCUUUAAAAUCAUCGUGAUCGGUGAUUCUGGAGUUGGCAAGACUUGCCUCACCUAUAGAUUCUGUGCGGGCAAGUUUCCAGACAGGACUGAGGCCACUAUCGGGGUGGAUUUUCGGGAGAAGGUUAUUGAAAUAGACGGCGAGAAAAUCAAGGUCCAGUUGUGGGACACCGCAGGCCAGGAGCGCUUCCGUAAGAGUAUGGUGCAGCACUACUACCGCAACGUCCACGCUGUGGUGUUUGUCUACGACGUCACUAAUGCUGCUAGUUUCCGUAGCCUUCCGGCAUGGAUUGAGGAGUGCCGUCAGCAUGCCCUGGGGCAGGAGGUGCCCAGAAUCCUGGUCGGCAACAAAUGCGACCUGCGCCACGCCGCACAAGUGAGCACUGACGUAGCACAGCAGUUUGCCGAUGCACACUCAAUGCCUCUGUUCGAGACCUCUGCCAAAAACCCCUACGGAAACGACGAUGGCAGUCGGAAUAACAGUGACCACGUAGAGGCCAUUUUUAUGACUGUGGCGCACAAGCUGAAAUCUCAAAAGCCGCUGAUAUUAAGCCAGCCACCUUCCGGAUCAGGAGAUACUGUCACUCUCAGGAGGCAGGAUGAGGAGGACAGGGGAAGUUGGGGCUGUGGUUGUUGGAGGAGCUAAUGAAGUACACGUUUAAAGGAGGAGGCACCUCUUUACAGAACGGAGAUGACGAAAGGUAAAGCACUUUUUAGAGAAGCAGAUUUAGAGGUGCUUUUGUGUUCUCUGUGAAGCGGAACUCCAGGAUUGAGGACACAGGAACAUUUAUUCUCAAGAUUUCUUAGUGUGUCUGACGUGCAGAAUAUGGCCAUUAUUUAAAGGGUAGACGACUUUAGGAAAACGUUUCUCCAACACUCAUCAGAGGCUUUGACAAGUUGCAUGUAGGCCAACCUACCUUACAUAUACAAGCUUCAUAUGCCACUGCCAAACACUUUCACUAGAUUUACCUACUAGUUUAAUCGGUUAUGCAGUUCCGCAGUG